AUGGAGCUGAGACCCGCGUCCGAUCAGAUCGAGACGAUCUUCUUAUCCGUCCACGAGCGAAUGACCCGCUCUGUCACUUCGGCAAUCUGCACUUUGAGGAAAGAACAAGAAAUGAUCUCUUUCCUUCCCAGCAUGGCAAUGAAGUGGUGUCUGGGCUUCGCCUGGUCCAGCGCCAUCGUCUACCUGAGUUCUCUGUCGUUCUGGAUCCGCAUCCUGGAGCUGAGGCAGAAAUAG